GCCCAAGCUUAUCUGUCUUAAGUUCCAGUUCCAGUUUGUGUUUUUUUCCUUCCUGCCCAAUUCUUCCCUGGUUACUAGCUAGCUUACUACUACAGCACAUAUUAAUAAAUUAGCCUAGUACAAGUACGACCCCUCGAAACCGAUGUCUUCCAUAUAAUUGCUUGCGGCUUCGGAGGCAAUGUGAAUCCUUCCGGGUUACUCGAUCGCUCUUUUUUGGGAGGGUUUAAUUUAAUUGAGAGAGAUGGCGGAGCUUACUACUACAGAGUACCGAGACCGUGGAUUGGGGGAUGAUGCUCGACGUCAUUCGGGUCGCAAGCGAACGCGUGGGGAAGAAGGGGAUGAUGGGGUUGGUUUGGGACGGGUUAUGAGGGGAUAUGAUGAUUAUGACUAUGAGCAUGAGGAAAUGAAGAGGAGGUCGUUGUUGCCCCGGGAUGAGGUGCAUCGGGAUGUGCGACGUAAGAGUUACCGUGAUUCGAGGGAUGACUACGUGUCGCAAUCCAAUGGUUCGUACAAAGAGAAGAGGAGACAACUGCGACGUUCACGAUCUCCUGAUUCCCGCCCCGAGCGUUCACCUGCUACCCGGAAUCACCAUCAUCGCCAUCACCGCCGACAUCACCGCUCCCCAACGCGCUCGACGCGAACCCCAGAUGAACUCCCUCUCGGCGCACGUCUCCUUGUCCGCUCCGACCUCGAUACGUUUCGACCACUACUCGCGCAAUAUCUUAAGGUACAAAAGGGCAAGGACAUAGUCGGAAUGGACGAGAGGGAGGUUCGCGGUCGCUGGAAAAGCUUUGUUGGAAAAUGGAAUCGCGGCGAGUUAGCUGAGGGAUGGUAUCAUCCUGAGACGCUGGAAGAGGCUAUAAUAGCUGGAUAUGGUGCGCGAGAUGCAAGUCAAGAAGGGAUAAAUAAUGGUUCAGUAAUAUCUGGAGACGAGGAUGAAGACGAAGAGAAAGAAGACCAUAAGAAUAAGCAAGGAAGAGUGGAAGAAGAACGCGAUGACGAUGACGACUACGGACCAACCCUCCCCGAAUCUAUGCGAAGCCGCUCGCGCGACCCAUCCGAACCUACUCUUAUACAAACCAAACACGGCCCUGGCAUUCCUAGCCUCCAAGACUUGGACCAGCGCCGCGGCGACGCUGAGGAAGAACGUCUGGAGCACAUCGAAUCGUUACGCCUAGCCCGGCGUGCCGACCGUGCAGAACAACGGUCGCGUCUCGAUGAAUUGGCCCCGCGUGCCGAUGCAGGUACCCGUGAACGUCGGCUUGAGAAGAAGCGCGAGGUAAAUGACAAGAUGCGCAGCUUUCGCAAUCGGUCGCCAGGUGCUACAGCCGAGGUGGGGGAGGCGGAGCUCAUGGGUGGGGGUGAAGAUGGCGUUGCAGAGUAUAAACGCGCGAAAGCGGCGGCAGAGAGGCGCAGGACGGAUCGGGAGGUUAGGAGGGAGGAAGAGGCGAGGGCAAAGGCAGCGGAAAGGGAAGAGAGGGUUAGGGAGUAUAUAAGAAGAGAGGAGGGGACUAUGGAGGGGCUGAGAAGGAUUGCUAGGGAGAGGUUUGGGUAGGGCGAUGCCUUAAGUUGCUGGGAUUAGUAUGAGGAUUAGGAGUUUGAAGAUUGGAAAUACCCCUGGUAGUAAUCGCUGGGGGGCUAUCAUAAUCUCCCCUGAGGGGUACCUACCUAGGCAUAUACUCCAGCAUAGUGACGACUCCUGUGUAGGCGUGAAAUAUGCGCUGAAGUAUUCAUGAAGCUCUACUGGGUUACUAGAAUAAUAUUAAUUAUAAUGCGACACGACACUGUCGGUUCAUGUAAGGCUGAGAUAUGGUCAAAUACAGGGUUAGGGUCGAGUGUCCGCUACCAUUUUCCUCGGGUA